UCAGAGCCGGCCCGCUCCCGUCAGGGCGGAACCGGAUCCGGCGGCGGAAAUGGCGCGGGGGGAAGCCUGGUGACUAGGCCCGAAAGACGGAGAGACGCAGCGACAGACAGUCGCCCAACCCCGCCCUCGCUCGGUUAAAGGGGCUGCGCUGGAUGCUCGGAGCAUGAGCCGGACGGGGAGGAGAUUGCAGUAUAACUAUGGCAUCUGAAGAGGCCUCUCUGCGUGCAUUGGAGAGUCUUAUGACUGAGUUUUUCCACAGUUGCACCACAAAUGAGCGAAAAAGGGAGAUUGAGGAGCUAUUAAAUAACUUUGCACAGCAAAUUGGAGCAUGGCAACAUUGUAUUUACUUCUUAUCCAACACUCGUAAUGAGUAUGUCAUGAUGUACAGCUUGACGGUGUUUGAGAACCUGAUUAAUAAGAUGUGGUUGGGAGUCCCGUCUCAAGACAAAAUGGAGAUUCGAAGCUGCCUACCCAAGCUUCUGUUGGCGCACCACAAGACAAUGCCAUAUUUCAUUCGCAACAAGUUGUGUAAAGUAAUUGUGGAUAUCGGGAGGCAGGAUUGGCCAAUGUUUUACCAUGAUUUUUUCACCAGCACAUUACAGCUAAUCCAGGCUCCUUCCACCACGCCUUUGGGUCUGAUCAUGUUGAAGACUACCUCUGAGGAGUUAGCAUGCCCACGGGAGGACCUCAGUGUGGCACGGAAGGAGGAGCUCCGAAAACUGCUACUGGAUCAGGUGCCAACAGUACUAGGCCUUAUCACAGGUAUUUUAGAGACCAUUUGGGAUAAAAACAGUGUUACAGCUGCUACUCCGCCUCCCUCCCCAACUUCAGGAGAUAGUGGUGAUUUGCUUAGUAGCCUAUUGCAGACUCCCCAAGCUGCCAAAUUAUUAAAUCAGCCAAUCCCAAUUUUGGAUCCAGAGAGUGAGCAUGUUUGUUUUCUGGCUUUGGACUGUUUGACUCAUCUCUUCAGCUGGAUCCCACUCUCUGCCAGCAUCACCCCAACUCUCCUGACUACCAUCUUCCACUUUGCUCGUUUUGGCUGUGAUACCCGUGCCAAGAAACUAGUUGCUGUGAAUGGAAAUGGCCACAAUAAUAACAUCAUCCAGGAGCGAGGUAAACUGGGUGUAUUAGCCAUGUCCUGCAUUAAUGAACUCAUGUCCAAGAACUGUGUCCCUGUGGAAUUUGAGGAGUAUCUACUGCGUAUGUUCCAGCAGACAUUCUACUUGCUGCAGAAAAUCACCAAAGAGAACAAUGCACACUCCAUAAAGAGCCGCCUGGAAGAGCUAGAAGAAAGCUAUGUGGAAAAGUUCACUGACUUCCUACGACUUUUUGUGAGUGUUCACCUGCGUCGAAUCGAGUCCAACUCCCAGUUUCCAGUGGUAGAGUUUCUGGCCCUUCUUUUCAAAUACACCUUUCAUCAGCCCAGUCAUGAGGGUUAUUUCUCCUGCCUUGACAUAUGGACGAUAUUCCUGGAUUACCUAACGAGUAAAAUCAAAAGUCGGCUUGCUGAUCGGGAUGAGGUCCUAAACAGAUACAAAGGUGCACUAGUUCUACUGCUGACAGAGGUUUUACGUCGGAUACAGUUCCGUUAUAAUCAGGCCCAGCUGGAAGAACUUGAUGAUGAGACACUGGAUGAUGACCAACAGACUGAAUGGCAGCGCUAUCUGAGACAGAGCUUGGAAGUUGUGGCCAAAGUGAUGGAGCUCCUUCCUUCUCAUGCAUUUUCUACAAUCUUCCCCAUCUUGCAGGAUAACCUUGAUGUGUACCUGGGGUUGCAACAAUUUGUCGUAACAUCUGGGCAAGUUCACAGAUUAAACAUUACAGCAGAAAAUGACUGUCGACGUUUGCAUUGUUCUUUACGUGACCUCAGCUCACUACUUCAGACUAGUGGUCGUCUUGCUGAGUAUUUUAUCGGGGAUGUGUUUGCAGCCAGGUUUAAUGAUGCGCUCAGAGUAGUGGAAAGGCUAGUUGAAGUGACGCUGUAUGGAUCCCAGAUAAAACUGUAUGAUAUGGAAACAGCAGUGCCGUCUGUACUGAAGCCAGAUCUGAUUGAUGUUCAUGCUCAGUCUCUGGCAGCACUGCAGGCUUAUUCCCACUGGCUCGCUCAGUUUUAUAGUGAAGUUCAACGUCAAAACCCCGAACGAUUUGUAUCUCUCAUUUCCACUGCCAUGGAGGCCACUGCUCCCCUCAUCAGCUCAAAGGUGCCAGAAAAACUCUUGCUCUCAGCAUGCCAUUUGUUGCUGUCAUUAGCCACCACGGUGCGCCCUGUGUUUCUGGUCAGAAUCCGAGCAGUACAGAAAAUCUUCGAUAGGAUCACAGAUGGCUCUGCUCGUCAGCUCCCUCAGGAGGGUAAAGUGCUGGUGUGCAGGGCCCUGUCCAAUAUGUUGCUGUUACCGUGGCCAAAUCUUCCUGAGAGUGAGCAGCAGUGGGCGGUCCGUUCUACCAAUCAUGCCAAUCUCAUUUCAACCCUCACGAGAGAAUACCGGCGGCUCAAAGAAAAUGCAGGAUUGUCACAGAGCAAAGUGGGCCUGGGCAACGCGAAAGUGGUUGUCCAGGAGACGCUGAGUAUCCUGAGGUACAUCGUGGAGAACAUCUCCGGGGAGGUGACCAAAUCCCGUCAGAUUUGCUACCAGUCCCUGCAGGAAUCGGUGCAGGUAUCCCUGGCACUCUUCCCAGUCUUCAUUCACCAACCUGGUGUUACUGAUGAGAUGCUCAGCUUCUUCCUCACUUUAUUUCAAGGCCUCAGGGUCCAGAUGGGCGUUCCCUUUGCAGAACAGAUUAUCCAAACCUUCCUCAACAUGUUCACCAGGGAGCAGUUGGCAGAGAGUAUCCUAGAGGAGGGCAGUGGUGGUUGCCGUGUGGUGGAGAAGUUCCUGAAGAUUCUGCAGGUGGUGGUUCAGGAGCCUGGGCAGGCAUUCAAACCAUUCCUCCCCAGCAUCAUCUCCCUGUGCAUGGAGCAGGUCUACCCGAUCAUAGCAGAGCGGUCCUCACCAGAUGUGAAGAUGGAGCUGUUUGAGCUGCUUUACCAGAUUCUGCACAAUAACUGGCGGUUUUUUUUCAAGUCAUCUGUCUUGGCCAGCGUUCAGCGUGGAACAGCUGAGGAGCCAAUGGAGAAUGAGGCCCAGUUUGCUUCUGCUAUGCAGGCUUUUGGUCAGUCCUUUUUGCAACCGGAUAUUCAGAUCUUUAAACAGAACUUGUUUUACUUGGAGUCGCUCAACACCAAGCACAAGCUGUACCACAAGAAAAUCUUCCGAACGACCAUGCUGUUUCAGUUCAUCAAUGUGCUGCUGCAGGUGCUGGUCCACAAAUCUCAUGACCUACUGCAAGAGGAAAUAGGCAUCGCUGUAUACAACAUGGCCUCGGUGGACUUCAGCAGUUUUUACACUGUGUUUUUACCCCAGUUCCUGGGUAGUUGCGAUGGUAUCGACUCCAAUCAAAGAACAGUGCUUGGCAGGAAUUUCAAAAUGGACAGGGAUUUGCCUUCGUUUACACAGAGUGUACACAGACUUGUGAAUGAUCUGCGUUACUACAGGCUUUGUAAUGGCAGUUUACCUCCUGGAACAAUCAAGCUAUAGCCCCUCCUGACUGAUGCCUUUACCCUUGCCCUCUCGCCAGGCUGUCCAGUGCGACCUGCUAGCUGGACCCUUCAGUAUGCUGCUGCAGCACUUUGUGUCUUUGUCCUGCAGGAAUAUAAUGGUUGUAUUCAGUACAUUGACAUGAUGCAAACCAAUCAUGUAGCCUGCACUGAAUAGACAUCAAUCAUUCGCACCUUCGCAUCGAUGUGCUCCUCUCAGCUGUUUCAUUGGAUUAACGAGACUCUCCCGGGCAGUGCUACUGUGUUCAGCACUUUGUUUCCUCAUUUGAUUUGAUUUGAUUUGCCUUGAACAUUUCUACUCUGUGCAGGCAGAGGAACUCUCAAUUUUAGGUCAUAUCAUUCCAAUGUGAUACCAAUGGCACACGCUUAAUUGAUGAAGUGCUUAUGUUGUAAACUGUAUUCAGAUCCAUUGAAUCACCCUCUCCAAAAUGUAUGCUGGAUUAUUUUUUUAAUGAGAAGUUUUUAAGUUCGGUAAAUUUAUUUUAUAUUUUCAUUAGACUUCCACUCAUCUUUGUAACAAUUCUCCUAUGAUCCCUUUCUCAUAUUAGUCGAUCCUGUUCAACAUUUAUUGGCCUGUGCGUGUGUGUGUGUGUAUGUAUGUGUGCAGGAAUUGUAGCUGUUGCAGAAUGUAGGAUUGAAACAGAUGAGAACAUGUGUGGUCAGUAAAUGUAAAAGAUCAAGUGUUUGUUUUUUACAUUUAUGUUUUUGCCUUUUAGUAUCUAAUUUAUUCUCUGUUUGUCUCUGGACUUUGGUGAAAGUCCACUUCAGUGCGGUCACCAGACUCCAAUAGAAGGGAGAAUCCCAGCAUGGACUCUUUCCUGGUCCAGCUCUUGGGCCAUGGGUUACUCAUUCGUCCUAGCCCAACAUGUUUUACCUCUGAGCCUCUUCAUUGUUCAACUCUGAAUUUGCUGUCCAAACACCUAUUCUCCACUCAUUUGUUGGAGAGGUGGCAUUGAAGGGCCAGAGCCUGCAAAAGAUUUGGUUCUGCAUUUUGAGAGAGAGAAAGUUUAGAGAACACUGAGGAGAGUAGGUAGGAAGAGAGCUUCAGGCAUCUGUUUGUGGUUCAGCUUACUGUCAGGGAAGUGGGACCUGCAAAUCUGGUAGGUCUGGAGUGGACAUGUGAUUGGCCAGAGUUUAGUUAGGAUUUCUAACCUGCAAAAACAAUGGUGCAGAUUGUGAACAUCGUGGAAUUCUGAGACCCUGAGGCAUGAAGAGGCUGGAUUCUAGUUUGAAAAUUUUGACAGGGUGAUGUUUUCAUGCUUACCUGUUGCUUUCCCAAGAUUUCUAUCAGCUACUCAUUUUAAUUGCCAGUUAGUGUUAGAGAGUUAAGCCACCUAGGCUGAAUGUGUUAAAUGGGCAGAUAAAGUCUCCAGUAUACUUGAAGAUUAACCUUUUUUUUUCCAAAGGAACCAGUUGUUCCACUCUUAAAUUAUAGGUACAGAAAUUCUAGGAGUUUGGAAAAUGUGGCUUUUUUUUUAAAUAAGUGAGGGUUUCAAUUAAUUAUGUAAAACCUGGUUAUCAUCUACAGGAUAUCAGUGGCCUUUUCAGGAGCAAUGGACUAUACUGUCCUUUUCUACUGCAGUCAUUAAUAUUAAGCAGGCCCCUGUAAUUUAAUCACAGGCCCUUGCCAUUUAAUCAUCAACCUUCCUUCAGGUCGAGGAGGCUUCCGGCAGCAAUGAUAUUUGGAGACUUGGCUCUGUGUGAUGGUCUGAGUGUUUCCCAGAUCCUAGUUGCGGCACAACCCUAACUCCAUACUACCUUCCCUGUUCGUGGGGCGCUGACUCAUGACCCAUUUGUUCUCGGGCAACAAAAUUAAAUGUCUUGCACAAAGUUGUUUAACAAAAAAAACCCUCCAAACUUGUCCCUAACUUUUCAACAUUUGUUUGACAGUUUUAAAUAAAGCACCGGCAAUUUUCAUUCUCAGAACAAAACCUGGACCAAAUCUCACUCUUCACAGUUGGAACUAUAUCGAAAUGAACUUACCACACUCUGUCUUAGAUCAGAACUCCCAACCUCCCCAGCACCCCCCUUACAGUGUGCUGCUUUAAACGCUGAUAAGGGGAGCCCACUGCAUAGUGCUUGGCACCAAUUUGGCACAGUGACCAGUGUAUAUCACAGACUGGCACUGCUGAGGUGAUUCACAUAAGCAAAUGUGAGCCCUCAUAACAUAGUAGCCAAUUCUACACAGACUUGUAGUAAAUGCUGGUCAUCAAGUUUGUUCUGUAUCUUCAGGAGUGGAAAUGCACCUUGUAAAUUGUGCAGCUGUCUUCUAGAACAUUGCGAAUGUUAGCAACACCUCACUGCCAUUAACCACCUCCAGGCACCAGCAGUCUCUUCUGUGUUUGAAUUUGUAGGCUGCAUUGUGUAGUGCCUCUGUUUGACUCGAUGAUCUGAAUCUACUGAUUCCUUAGAAGAGAAGUUACUAUUUAAAGCUGGGAAGAUCUGACUUGAAGUAUUUUUUUGGUUCUGAGCUGUGGAUGUUUGAUUCUGUCAGGGGCCUGCAAUGAGCCAUUUGUAUUUUUACCCUUUGCCUUGAUGAGCACAUGAAUAAAUUAAGGUUUUUAUAGAAAAAAUAUAAUUUACAUUUUGCUGCAUGUUGUACAAGAACAAAAGGUACUCUGCAGCUUGCUGUAAUCUUCACUAAAUCAUUUUCAUUUCCAUUAGACUGGAGUCAUGCACCAGUCAGACAUGGCAGAUAAGUGGAAGUCUAAUGUUUGUGGUACACUACCACCAUUGAUUGGACUUGAUCUCUUAGAUUAGGGCUGUUGCCAAAGCUUCUGUCAGCUCUGUUAGUUCCCGUAUAUACAAUGGGGUAUUGGCAUGACCUUGCAUCUUGCCUUUUUGUAAUGAAUCCAUUCUCCCUCCAUUUGGUUCACCCAUUGCUUCCUUCUGCUUUGCUUUACUCCUAAGGUGGUGGCACAGAGGGUCUACCAUAGGUUCCUCCAUGCCCCAUGUCAGCAUUGUUCUGUCAUCAGCUAAUAAAUGUGUAUUUUUCCAGCGUGUCACCUGUUUCUCUGACCCUUCACCGAGGGUAGACAACUGUGCUCUUGCACAACAUCCAGCAGAUUGUGAAAAAGAUUCUCUGGUUGAUAAUUGAAUGGAAGAUGAAGCCAAGCUUUGAUCCUGUACUCUGGAGCUGGAAUGGCGAGGUGUUUGUGCUGUGCAGAUAUUGGGCUUUCCUUGACAGAGUCCAAUGCUGUGUAUUUCCUGGGACCUAUUUAGUGGUCCAGGCUCUGAAGCCACUAAAGCCAUCAUGGAAUCCGGUGUCUGGAGUUGCUGGGUCCUCUUGGUAAGAUUCCACAUUAUGGGGCAUCUUCAGUGAGUCUUGUCCUCUGACACCUUUGGAGACACCCUGGGCUACUGAGCCUCCUACUGUAUCGUUCCUUUAUCCAUUUGAAGAAUGCGAUAUCUACAACAUGAUUGAACUACACUGUGGUAUUUAUACCAGAUGCUUUCUGUACCUGAAAGGAAUUUCCUCCCAGCGUACAAACUAAAUGUGACGCAAAUACCACAGUGUCACAACGUUGGUCUCACCAUUGUAAAAUAUGGCUGACCAGCUUGUGUUGAAAUUUGAAACUGUGUUUACAAUUGUACUUAGAAUGCCUGUAUUUGUACAGUCACUGCAAGUAUGUGCAAGACAGGUGCUGCCUCAUGCAGCUUGCGCCAUGUACAAAGUGGACUCUGUUUAUUUUUUUAGGAUUAUGGUAAUACUUUGUGAAAAAGUGGAUAUCAAUGCGAUUAUAAACAGGUUCCAGCUUUCACCAGGGCUGUGUCAGUGUUUCUGGAUGUAAAUAUGAGACUCUGUAUUGUGCCUGAACACUUACAAUGAGAAGUGUAUUAAAACUACACACUGGUUUUACUGUU